AUGGGUUCCAUAGGUGAGUGCCGCGAGUAUGAUGCCAUACUUGUCGGUGCCGGCUUCGGAGGCUACACAAUGCUCCCGAAGCUGCGUAGAUUGGGGCUUCGAGCCAAGAUUUUUGAACGUGGAUCUGGCUCUGGAGGUGUUUGGCAUUGGAAUCAGUACCCCGGUGCUCGCGUUGACAGCGACUCACCGGCUUACCAGUUCUUCGAUCGGGAGAUUUGGGAGGAUUUCACCUUCUCUGAACGUUUCCCUGGGUUCCGCGAAUUACAAAAGUACUUUCAGCAUGUGGAGAAAAAAUGGGACCUUCGAAGAGAUAUUGAGUAUCACAAAAACGUCACUUACGCCCGCUGGGAUCAUGAGAGUCGACGCUGGAUGGUAGGCUGUUCUGACGGAACGACGACGCGAUGCAAAUGGCUGUUCGCGAACGUGGGCUUCGCAGCUAAGGAGUACAAACCGUAUCUCAAGGGUUCUGUCGAGUUUCAAGGUGAGAUAUUCCACACGGCGCAUUGGCCACACCACGAUGUCGCCCUCAAAGACAAACGUAUCGCCGUCAUCGGGACUGGGGCCAGUGGGAUUCAGGUUAUUCAAGAAGCCGGUAAAGUCUGCAAGCAUCUCACGGUGUAUCAACGCACCCCGAAUUUCUGUCUGCCGAUGCAACAGCGUCGUCUGGAUCCCGUCGAAGAGCAGAGAAGGAAAGAUAGCGGCCUCUACGAGGCAGCCUUCAAAGCAUGCGAAAAGACCUCUGCUGGUGUGCCGUACGAAACGAAUGACCGUAAGACCUUCGACGACACUAGUGAAGAGCGAGAGGCGUACUGGAGUCGCCUCAUACAAGACGGUGGUUUUAAAUUUUGGGUCGCAGGUUACGCUGACCUGACCUUGGACCAAAGAGCCAACGACGCCGCCUAUGACUUUUGGCGCCGCAUGGUACUUAAACGCAUCAAGGAUCCCCAGAAAGCCCGGCUGUUGGCGCCGGAGGUUCCACCGCAUCCUUUUGGCGCAAAGCGUCCGUCGCUGGAACAAGACUACUUCGAGGUACUCAGUCAGCCAAAUGUCGACAUCGUCGACCUGAACGAGUUCCCUAUCCAGGAACUCAACAAACAGGGGAUUCGCACGGCGGCUGGAAAAGUCGAUGUGGACUUGAUUGUUCUCGCAACCGGCUUCGACGGCUUGACGGGUGGCUUCAUGGACAUCGACCUCCAAGGGGUUGAUGGAAGAACCCUGAAACGAUACUGGAGUGACGGAGUCAAAACCUCCAUGGGCGUCGCGAUCCCCGGGUUUCCCAACCUGUUCUUCCUGUUUGGACCACAAGCACCAUCAACAUUCUCCUGGUGGACUGGUGCAAACAUCCCGGGCAAAAAGGUGCAGCCUCUCAGCUGGGCAGGGGGGCUCCCUUCAUAUAUGCAGAUGCUGGAAGAGACUUUGGAGAAGGAAUAUCAAGGUUGGAUCAUUGGAAGACAGUCACGCGAGUUACCAGUGUCCUGA